AAGAAGAAGAAGAAGAUUCAUCCGGGAACUUUUUCUUUCUUUCCUGUCGGCCAUUUGUCUGCACGUUUGUUUAGUGACUGCCUGACGCCAAGUCCUCAUCAUGCAGAACGACGCCGGAGAAUUCGUGGACAUGUAUGUCCCCCGCAAGUGCUCCGCCAGCAACAGAAUUAUUGGGGCUAAAGACCACGCCUCCAUCCAGCUCAACAUCGCUGAGGUGGACAAGGUGACUGGUCGCUUCAACGGUCAGUUCAAGACCUACGCCCUCUGUGGCCCCAUCCGCAGAAUGGGAGAAGCUGAUGACUCCCUCCUGAGGCUGGCCAAGACCGACAACAUCGUGGCAAAGAACUUCUGAGAUGAGGCAGUGGAUCCUUUGUAAAAUAAAGAUGUAAAAACAA